AUGCCUCGAUUCAGUCUUGGCUCCAAGCUCUCCAUUCUGGUAAUCGCAUUGGUGACCGUGUUAUACAUCGCCUAUCCUUCGUCGCCCUCAGGUUGGAAGCUCAGUCGCGUUGCUGCUGGAUAUCAUGAUCUAGCAACCCACUAUUCCUCCCUGAGAGUUGUUCAACAAAAGGAUCCAGCCGCCAUUGAAAAUGACUCAAGCGAAACCUCUGCAAACCACAAGGUCGUUGCGAAACUAGUUCAGGACUCGAAUGCCUCUCCAGAGUCAGAAAGGCCAAAAGACGAAUAUGACGAUAUCCCCGAAGAGACCCCGGAAGAGCGACACUGCUUCACAAGCGGGCUACAGUCCUCCAACCCGAUCCCCAAGAUAGUGAACUUCAUAUGGCUCAAUCGAACCGAGCUAUCUUUCAUGAGCUACCUAGCCAUACGGUCCGCAUUGGUGUCUCUCCAACCAGACCAGUUGAAUCUACACUACACCGAUCUCAACGAAAACAAUGAGUGGCUAGUCAAGCUACGCGACUACAUCACCCUCGUUCACCAUGAUAUGAAGCAAGAGUACCCAAGACAGAUAGAGGAAAAUUGGCACCUAGCGCACGUCUCAGACGUCAUGCGGCUAGACAUACUCCAGCGCAACGGCGGCAUCUACUUCGACACGGACAUCAUUGCUCUGCAGCCAUUUGACAACUUGCUGCAUAGCCCAAAGGACAUGGUCCUCGGCCAAGAGGGUCGUAACCGCUUCGGGCUCUGCAACGGCAUCAUUCUGGGACGGAAGGAGUCCGCAUUCAUGGACCGUUGGAAAGACAGUUACAGCACCUUUGAGUUGGGCGAGUGGAAUAAGCACUCGGUCAUACUCCCAAAUGAGUGGUCUCUGUUAUUUCCCGAAGAAGUCUGCAAGUUGGCGCCAUCCGUGUUCUUCUGGCCAAGUUGGGAUGCUGUUGAAUAUAUGCACGAGCUUCUGACCGAUGCACAGACAAGCAACUUUGAACAGACUCUUGCCAGCAACCAAGGCAGCAUGUACCCGAACCAGCUUGCUUAUCAUGCUUGGCACCAGGUUGCACCGCAGCUGAACAGCUUAACGCCCGAGAUUAUCAUGACGCGGAAUACUCGGUUUAACAUUUUGGUUCGGCGAUUUUUAGAGUGA